GGGAUUUGCUGGGUGUAGUGGUGUAACCCUUUAACCCUCACGCUAGAAGACAUUGCAAACUGUAGGACAGCCUGGACUAUGUAAGAAAAAAAGAAAAGGAGAGGAGAGGGGAGGGGAGGGGAGGGGAGAAGAGGGAAGGAAAGGAAAGGGAGUGGAAAAAUGUAGUACUUGUUUGAUUCGAAAGUUACAUGGGUUUGGUUGUUUUUAAGAUCUAAUCACCCACGGAAAUAUUUUAUUAUGCCAUAUGAAACCUCAGACUCUAGUUAAUGCCCCCAGCUUCUUGAGGUCGGGGACUGUGGCUACAAGGACAUGCAGGCUCUUGGAGAACUGGGUUCAAGUUCUGGCCUUACAAGAGAUCUAUGAAUUAAGCUGAACCAAUGACCUUACAGAAAACACAAUCAGUUUCAGCACAGGUGGCUUCUGGAUGAGACGUUGGGGCCUCCAUAUAGAUCCCAUAGUAGGUACUGAGGCCAGAGCUUCCAAGGAGAGCCUCAGCAUGUUUGAUGAUGGGUACCCACAGUCAGUGCCUACCCAGAGUGCACUGCAGGCUUGGAAGAAUUACCUCUAAGUUAUUUAAUAGUCAGUUGAAAUUAUAGUUAAGCUUUUUUCUAAAGGUAAAUUCACCAAGAUGAGCUUCCUGCAAUAUCAGACAAUAGGAAGACAUGCAUUGUAAACUGUGUAUCUUUUACCCAGAGUUAUGCAGCCCUCCAAUACCAUGCUCUGUCAGUGUUAUGUGAAUCUGAAUGGAGGGGGCAUGGAACAUUAGCAUCUCCCCUCUCAAGGAAGAUAUUCCUCUAACUAUAGGAAGAAAACUCCAACAGCCAGACAGCAUCUCUGGAAGCCAUGUAGUCAAGGGGAGUGAGCCGUGCUCUGACUCCUCCCACAGAACUCAGGGUAUGUUUCAGGCCACAAGAGAACAUCUUGUCAUACGACAUUGUCAGAGCUAGACAUGGGGCUGACUUGUUAUUGCUGUUGCAUGGUGAAGCAGGGUUCAUCAGGUCUCACAGGCAAGCAUUCAGUGAAAGGGAUGAACACAGAAGGGAGCAUGACCGAGAGGCUAUGGAUGGAUAGCUGGUCCUGUCCUGCUCCUUUCCAGGCCUGAGUUUCCCCACUGUACACCUGGCAAGGGUGAGGGGGUGGGGCUGUGUAGUUGUCCUCUAAGAUCCUAUCCAUUUGUAAACGCAGUAGAGCGUACAUCCUAUGUGCCACACAUAAAGUCGGGUGCUUGGGAAAGACCAUUGGAUUAGGCCUGUGGGUAGAGUUAGGAAAAUUCCGAGAGCGCUGGAGAAUGGGUGCAAAGUUUUGUGAGUUUAGGCUGGGCUUCUACAAACACUCCACCUCCCGAAAUGUUAAAACACAGAUGUUGUGUACAUAGUGAGGGGGCCUUCAAGAACUAAAGAUGGUGGUCCCUCCACAGAUUUGCUCAAGAGAGCUUCAGCAGCCACCCCUCCCCACCCCGCCCUAGCUGGCAGCUCUUGCUCCUUACAUAACUGUUCUUUUGAAAACCAGGCAACAAAGCCUUCAGAAAAGAAGCUAUUGAUUAUUAAAGUUAUUUGGAGGUUGAAAGACUCGUAAUGAAGUGGUUAUAAUUAUUCCUGUUAUGACACAUCCUUUUCAGGGCUUGGAUCUGAGAACAUUUUGCUUGCAUUGACUCAGUCACCUUCAUCUCGGAGAGAAAGGCAGCGAGCUGGAAAUAGCUCGUGUGCAGGGAGAGACCAGGAGUCAUGGAAAGGGAACAGAGGGAAGGCAAGUCGGGGGAAAGAGGCAGAGGAGCCCAAAGUGGCCAGCUAUAGCCUGCAAGGACAGCCGUUGCAAUCUGUCCAUUGUCCCUGCCCAGAGACAGCUGUGGCCACCAGAAGACUUCUGCACUGAAAUGAUAUUGUGUUCUUCCACAUCAGCGGACGGGCCUUCUCUGGUUAAAUGCACACCCUCUGUGGAAAAACACCCUCAGCGAAUGGGGAAAACACUUGGGAAAUACAAUCCUGCUUCUGUUUUUCAUAAUAACAAUGCUAGCAUUUAGCUGGGCAAAGAGGCCCAUGUUUGUAAUUCCCAGCACUCAUGAGGCAGAGGCAGGAAGAUCUCUGUGAGUUCAAGACCAGCCCAAUCUAAAAAGCAAGUUCCAGUCUAACCAGGGCUAAUAGUGAGAGGCUGUCUCAAAAUAAAUAAAUAAAUAAAUAAAUAAGUAGAUAGAUGAAUGAAGAAAUAAAUAAAUAACAAAUAGCGAAUAUAUACUGAGUACCUGCUUGGUGUCAGCCCCUUCCUCUUUCUGGGGAGGUGUCUUACAUCAUUACAGCUGGUCUUAAAUUGGUGACCUCCAGAACUGUCCCACCUAAGCCUCUCCUGGCUUUAUUUUAUCUCAUUUUAUUUUCGCAAAGUUUCAUGAGAUAGACAUGACUAUUAGUCCCACUUUACAAGCCAAGAAGCAAAGGUCUGACUUGCACAGGUACACUUAGUAGGUAGCAGAGCCAGAACUGGAAACCCAUUUGAAUAACACUGGGUCUCCAUAUGCUGCUCUUGGCUAGGGUUUCCAGGCCAAGCAUGGGUUGAUAGGGAAGCCCAGCAAGACACACAAGGAUUAAGUGUGGGGGUCCGGGCAGCAUUACUUUAUGAAUCUGAUAGGACAGUUAAAUUGGGCAUAAUUUGGAUCUGAGCUUUAUUUCUCCAUUCACAGUAUGACCUUUGACCUUUAGGUGCACCUCUUUGUCCGAUCCCUGCAGACACAUUGUUUUUGUUCCAUAAACAAAAACCUACUGAACCUGACAUUUUCAAGAGUCUGGGAUGAUUCUGAGGAGAACUGGACAGGAUGCCCACCCUGGAGAAGCCUCUCCUGAAGCCUCCCAGACCCGAGAUGGUGACCAUGCUGUUGCUCCUGGCUACACUGGCAAGCCUCUUCACUGCAGCCAAGGGACAAAGUUUCCAUCUUGGGAAAUGCCCAUCUCCUCCAGUGCAAGAGAAUUUUGACGUGAAAAAGUAUCUCGGAAGGUGGUACGAAAUUGAGAAAAUCCCAGCGAGUUUUGAGAAAGGAAACUGCAACCAAGCCAACUACUCGCAGAUGGAGAACGGGAACAUCAAAGUGCUAAACCAGGAGCUGAGACCUGAUGGAACCGUGAACCAAGUUGAAGGUGAAGCCACUCAGAGCAACCUCUCAGAGCCAGCCAAGCUGGGAGUCAAGUUUUUUGAGUUGAUGCCGUCUGCACCGUACUGGAUCCUGGCCACCGAUUAUGAGAACUACGCUCUUGUCUACUCCUGCACCACCAUCAUCUGGCUCUUCCACGUGGAUUAUGCCUGGAUCCUGGGAAGAAACCCUUUUCUUCCUCCAGAGACAGUAACCUACCUGAAAGAUAUCCUCACUUCUAAUGAUAUAGACAUCCACAAAAUGACGACCACGGAUCAAGCGAACUGCCCCGACUUCCUGUAAAGGGAGGGGUAACCACUCCGGGUUACUCCUAUGCUUUGCGCUCCGCGGCUCCACCCCUGCUCCUCAUAAAGACAAACCAAGCAACCGUGGCAAGUACCGAGGGAAAGUUUGGCCAUAGAAGCCAAGGGAGGGGACUCAGGGAAAGUUGACCCAAACCCAGCCAGACCCCACACUGUCACUCCGCUAGCCCAAUAAUAAACAUUUUGCUGAUCAGCUGUGUUCACAGUGGAUUCUGAGUUAGGGCUAUUGUGGGAGACUCAUUAGAAGCAGAUGGUGGGAAACCCUUCAGUGGUUGUGUUUAGAAAAACAAUUCUGAGCUGCCCUAGUUUCAAGGUAGGAGAAGGCCGACGGCAAAGUUUGUUGAGUUGGAUCCAGGGUCCCACUCCACUGCAGCUACCCCUCUGGAGGGAAGGCUGGGAGGUUUUCAUUUCUGUCUGGAGUCUUCCUUAAAGUUACUUUCUCAUCAGGAAGUCUUCGGAGUGCUGCCAAAGAAUGAGUGUCCUGGGAGGGUCUGUGAAAGGAAGAGAUUCUGUGAGGAGAAGACAAAGGAAUUUUAAAAAUGAUACAAACAUUUCUCUUUCCCCAUUUGUGUUUACUGAGGUCCAGUUGCAUUCCAGCCAUUGAAAAAUCCGAGUCCCUCCCUGCCCACCCCAGAAGCUUCAGACCAGUGAGAGACACAGCAGGGUAGAGGGCACCAUGGGAAAUCUGAGAACAUCACACCCCUUCAAGACAGAGGGUCAAGCUUGGACAGUCUGUCUAAAAGCUUCAAGGGCAUUCCCAAGCCCCGGCUCCACUAGGAAGUCAGGAACAACCUGGUGCUGUUUUCUAACCCUGUGACUUUUAAAAUCAAAU